AUGAGCGUCAUAAUCAGACUACAAAAUCUAGCGUGGUCCGCCAAUGCAUUGGACAUACGCCAAUUUUUCAGAGGUCUAAGUAUCCCAGAGGGAGGAGUUCAUAUUGUCGGUGGCGAAUUGGGAGAUGCGUUUAUCGCAUUCAGCACCGAUGAAGACGCCCGCCAGGCAAUGAUGCAUGAUGGCGGCAAGAUCAAGGAGAUGAAGAUCAAGCUGCUACUAAGCUCACGCACCGAGAUGCAAAAAGUAAUUGAAGCUGCUCGACAGCAGACUUUGAGUUUACAAUGCAUUAUGCAAACCACGCCGGUGGCGGUACCGCCUGUGGUUCCCGGCAAACAACCUGGUUCCCCGACGGACAAAAGAGACAAGGACAACGACAGCGAGUCGAGCAAGGACCGAAAGGAUAGACGCGAUCGAUCAAGAUCGCGGGACCGCUCGCGAUCGCGCGACCGUGACCGUGACCGAGAUCGUCGCGAUCGAGACCGCGGGAGAGACCGACGACGACGAGAUCGUAGUAGAUCUCGAGACCGAGAACGUGAUAGACGAGAUCGGCGUCGUCGCCGAGAUCGAUCCAGAUCGCGUGAUCGCACGAGAUCGCGCGAUCGCGAUUCAAAAAGAAACUCUACGAAUGACAGGCGUAAGGAUAUUAACGAGGAUGACAACAGCGAAGUCGUAUGUGUAGGUCAGUUCCAAAAGGACAAGGCAUCGACGGCUACAUCGAAAAAACCCCUCGAGAAUGGCGUGUGGGAAGUUCCACCACAAACGCAGAUGCAGGCCGCUUUGUUGGCGCCAAGUAUCUUGGGAGCUGGCGUCGCCGCUCUGUCCCAAGACUCGGAAACUCAGCGUUCAGCCAUGGCUGGCUUUGGUGCACCCGUGAUGGGUCAGCAGUCGAUGUUGCAACCUGGACAAUUCUCUAUAAACGGUCUUAACGGCGUCGGUAAUCUCAUGCAACCGCACAUGCAGACACUCGCCGGGCACACAGUGGGCAUAACAUCCUUAUCGCAGAAUCUCAACACUAGCACCAGUCUACCGAAUUUGAGUGGUCUCGCAACUCGUCCCAAGGAACCUUGGAAUCAAAACGAGCAAAGUAGAAUGGACCAAACGGGACGAUUCUCCGGCGGCCGAUCGAAUCAAUUCGGUAAUCAGGAAUACGGCACUACUGGCAAUUAUCGUGGUACCAGGCCGAAUAAUCCUUUCCUGAACAAGGUGCAAGAACUCGAAGGCCGUCGCAAUCCACAUGCGUUUCAAGCUAGCACCUCCAACUUUGGCAACUAUGACAACGAUCGACCAACAUCCGGUAGAAAAUCCAGCAGUUCGAGAUUCUCCAAUGAGAAUAAAAACGGCAACGGUGGAGGCCAUUGUGUGGAAGUGCGCAAUAUGCCAUUGAGUGCAACAUACGCGGAUCUACGCCAUGCGUUCCAUGGUAUCUAUAUUAGGAAGGAUGGCAUGAAGAUAAUCAACGAUAAUCAUGGUAACCGCGUAGGUAUUGCGUAUAUCAAAUUCGGUAAGGUCGAAGGCAAAGAACUUGCGCUAAGCACAACGAGAUACGUGCGAGGUUCAGAGGUAGAGGUACUCGAUUUGGACGAGAGUAUCUUCGAUAAAGCAGUGAAUUCUUACUCACCCGAAAAUAGGGAAGAUGGCACCGAUGGCGACAUUAGGAAUUCUAUGUGCAUCCUGCUGACCGAUCUACCGUCUUUCACCAAGGAGAUGGACAUAGCCAAGCUGUUCCACGACUGGAAGAUCAACGAUCUCUUCAUCACCAAUAGUAAGGAGACUGGUACCACUCAGUAUAUGGCUUACGUGCAAUUUGCGCGACUCGAGGAUGCCAAAUCAUCUCUGAGUACGCCGCUUAAGAUCGGUAGUAAGCAAGUAACUGCGACUGCGAUCAGCGAGGAGAAAUUCGCACAAGCGAAACGCGAACACGAGCAAGCGAGCAUGAACCAAACGGAUUGUGUUCUCAUGCGCGGUUUGCCAUUUCAGACAAUCGACCGAGACAUUUUCGAUUUCUUCUCGGACAUCGGCAUUGUACCGCUCUGCAUUCAUAUGAUGCUCAAUCAGCAAGGCAAACCAGCCGGCGAAUGCUUUUGCGAGUUUGAUUCGGCCGAGAAGGCGGAACGCGCGAUUACCAAGAAUGGUUUACCACUUGGCAAGAACAUACCAACUAUCGAGUUGGUACCACGAGUUAAGAUGCUUGAAACUCUCGGCAUGAUGGAGGCGCAACAGCAAACACAACAGCAACACUUUCCGAUGCAAGAGCAACAUCAGAGACCACCGCGCUUCUCCGGCCCGAUGGGCCAUAUGCUGCGUUUCGGCAACACCGGCUUUGGACCUCGGUGCCCGCCUGGUGGUUUAAUGGGUAUGCCGCGUCACAUGAUGAGUCGUCAUCCACCGUCCAUGGACUAUGUCGAAGGUUUUGGUAAACCUGGCUGCGUGUUAUCACUGGAGAAUGUUCCGUUCAAAGCGGACAUUAACGAGAUUAUCGAGUUCUUUGGUGAUUUUGAUGUGAAACGGGAGAAUGUAAUUCGUCGCUACAACGAAAGGGGUAUGCCGACGGGAGAUGCGCGCGUGGCUUUUUCGUCGCCCAGUGAGGCUCAGCGAGCGCUCAAGGAACUUAAGCAUUGCAAGAUGCGAGAACGUACCAUAUAUAUGAAAGUAGCGUGAGAUCCAUCAUUCCGCCACGGAGAAGCUGAUGACAGCACAUAAAAGGACACCGUCACUGUGGUGAUGAUAUCCGGUCGAAUCGAAUAUAUUCGUACCAAAAGUUCUAUGUGUAUGGAAUGAAUGCAACGUCUAAUAAGACGUCUUCUGAGAAUUAUCACAAGAGUUGGUUUUAUAUAAAAAAGUAAGAGGCCAGUAGAGAUGCUUUGAGAUGUCUUUUAUAUGAAAGAUUAUACUUCCUUAUUAAACUAGCGCCAAUCUGCGUGUACAUAGAAUACAUAACUUUUCUUUAUCCAUCCAUUCAUAUCAUGCCAUACCGCCGAAAUUGUUUUUAUUUGUCGCAAUUAAAGGCAUUUAACUGUUUACUUAUUGCAUCAAGAACUGUGUUUCAAACACAUAAUGUUGUAACAUUAGAUCGUAACAGGUAUAAAAACGUAUUCGCCGCUAACACAAUAUGUAUCAUUACCCAGGGGGUAUAGACGAAUGUAUAUUAUGAAUGUAAAGAAUUUUAUUAUCUUAUUUUUAAUAUCACAUUACACAAUACCAAAUAAUGAUUUAGUUAUGGAAACAAAAGAA